AUGCCUGAGACUACCCAGCCCACUCCCCGCGGCAAGAUGACGGCCAUUGCGACCAUUGUCAACCCCUUGUCGGUCAAUCAUGACAAGGUUAUGAUCUUCUCGAGUAACAAGCAUUACAUGCUUAGUCUCGAGAAUCGUACUAUUGGUGGCGACUUCUCCUUUACCAUGGGCGAGGGCACCUCGACCCAAUCGCCUCUGCUUGCCUAUCCUUCUCAGCUAACCGCCAUGAUCUACAAAGACGCGGGCAAGUCUCAGCUUCACGAAUGGAAGCUGUCCGACAAGGAUGACGACAAGCGUCCAAUCGCCGCGUCGGCUUUUUACGAGAAGACCAACCUAUUUGCGCUGUUUGACCCCGUGCUUAAACUCAAGUGGCUGGUGUAUCAGCGAGAUGAUAACAGUAUUUCUCUGUGGAGCUUUAAGAAUAAGAAGGAUUGUAUCAUUAGCGAGUCCAAAUACCGAGCUAGGAAGGGCACGCCCCUCACGGCAUGCAUCGUGCCCGCCGAUGAGGCGACGGGCCGCCCCGCGCGCAUCUACAUCUACUUUGUCAAUGAAGACAACCUCUUGCAGAGUGCCAACUCGAUUUCCGGGGCCGAACUCUACUUCAACUCGACGGAUGAGAAACCGUCGACAGUAGAAGGUGACCAGACUGUCUCGGCAGUCUCCCAGCUGUCAGUAUUCCUCGACUACAAGGAGUCGCGCAACAUUGUCUUCGGCGUCAAGUCAGGCUCCAAGAUCAGCCCCAUGCACGAGACCUGGCGAACCAAGUGA